AUUCUGGAUUUACAAAUUCAGUGUCCAUAACCCUCUGGCGUCGAGAAACUCGAAACUUGACUCAAAAAGUUAAAUUACGGCAAGCGUCCUUCGUGGCAAGAAACUGGAAUUACAUGCUGAUGCAAGGUUAGUGGAAAAUAACUUUCAAAACCGAUAAAAUCGUUAUUUAUGAUAAGAAAGAAUAAUGCAUUGAUAUAACCUACAUCCCAGGAGCCCAAAAGAAUUAUUGACAAUUAUGACUUAAUUCUCAAUUGAUUAUAUUUCGUUUUGGGAGAUGUUAUAAACUAGUAUUUGUUUUAAGAUUUUUAUUGGCUUUAUUUAUGUUUUGCGUAAGCCGGAAGGAAAAAGUUCAAAAUAGGCUUAUCAUUAAAAACAAAAAUAAUGAGUCUCUUUAUUUGUCACGUGACUAUGGUAUAGGCAAUUAAAACAAUUAAAUAUAUAUAUAUAUAUCUAUAUAUACAUUAUAUGGCUUAAAGUAUUGAAAAUAUAACAAAGCUUUCCAUUUUAAACUGAAGGAUCCAAAAUCGUUCAUUUUAUUGUUUGGAUUUGUUGACAUUCCGAUUCAUUUCUUUCCCCAGAGCGAAUUCUAAACUACUGACAGAUAUCAAAUGGCGCGAAAGAAAUUCUAUAUUCAGAACGUUUAAACAUGCCUUCAAAGCGUGACUCUCUUUCGGAUUUUGCGGAAGUCGAAGAUAGCGAACGGCUCAUUAACGAUAAAACAGAAGAAUUGAGUAUAAGCGAAAAAAUUUCAACGGUUAGUAAAAAUUAUUAAUAAAUACGUUAAAGGAAGAAAAAACAAAGCCCCAAACGUUAUGUGAAUGGUUUUUUUAUUCUUUUUUUGGAAGGAAAUUUGCAUUCUGCAUUAUAUGUAACGCCCUAGCCAUUGGCAUACAUAUAUAUAUAUAUAUACUGUAUAUAUAUACAUAACUAUUCGCCUGUGGUAUGGGAAUCAUUCAUCUCACGUAACUUAUCAGGUGACGUUCGUGACGUUGAACAAGAGAAACUUAAAAGCGUCAUUUUUUCUUCCGAGGAGGAAAAUUUCCGAUAACUAAUAGAUGGCGCCAAAUGUUUAACCUCUUGUUUUUUUUAAAUGCUGAUGCCUGGAUAAACUGUACACUGUUCAUAUACCAUAUAUCACGCUCCGCCGAAAUAAUAAUCCUUCAACGGAUUGACAAUCUAAAGAAAAAGCAUAGAAUCUUUCAAUGAUAAAUUCCCUUAGGCCUGAGGCGGACCACAGAGGUGAUUAGUUGCUUUUGUUUCCCCAACUUCUCUCUUCCGAUUCUCAUAGAUCCAUCGAAAGUACAUUUCCACUAUGUUAUAGUCUUAAUAAAGUUAGUGCAAUUUCCGACAGCAAUUUUUAUAGUAUCAUCUUUUAUGCGUGUACUAUUCUACUUGAUAUCGUUUGGAUGUCUGGUCUAAAAUCUAAAGCAAAAAAUAACGGAUUUACAUCAUAUUGCCCCUAAUCAAGUAUUUUUUUCGCCGUAAUUUCGAUAAGCUUCAAACACUAUCGAAUAAAAUAUUUCACUGAUAUUUCUGCUUAUGCUGCAAAUUUUAACGACUCCGUUCCAUUUACUAUUAUUUAUACUGAUUUGUACUGCAAAUCGAUUUAUACACGUUCGUGCAAUAUGCACAGAUGUCUAGAAUCCUUUCACUCGGACAUUUCAUCAAAUGCAUAGUCAAUAUCGCAUAUCAGUUUGUAAAGGCCUCUUUAACUGUUCCCCCCUUAAAUAAGCGGUUUAUUAUUUGGCAUUUUACUGAAGAUUGUCAAGAUGGCUAAUUAGGGACGAGGACGCCUAAAACGAUUUCGUGCCCUGAAUAGUUUGGAGGUAAUUUAUAUUCUAUUUCAAAUGUUUUCUGUGGAAGAUUCUAUUGUAUUUAACAAACGAUGCUACUACAUCUGGGACGUUGCUUAUCCAAGCUAACGACGCUUGCCAAUAGGAAAAUCAGGCCACAGUCUAUUUCCUCCAUCACAUAGACACUUGACGGAAAGUGAUGAGAGAUAAAACUAACCAAUCAAUGUUUGCAUUUUGACUAAUUCUUCUUGUUGCGUAUAGUCUUUAAUACUAUUUUUUCAUUUUUAUUUCGUAAAUCGAUCGAGGUCGUUAUAGGUGUUUUAUCGACAGAUGGAGCACUUAUCAAGCCCCACUUAAGCAGUUGUUUAUAUUUAGAUAGCGUCACUACUUUAUUUAUUUAAAAAUUAAAAUUACAAUAACGCUUAAAAGAGUGUAGGUUAUUAAAGGCUAAUCUUCUUUUUAUUUCCGAUUUAUCUUUUCACUCAAGUAUAAACUAGAUCAUAUUAGAAAUGACGUAGUCACCUGUAACCUGAGGGGAUAAUUUGUUGGAUAGAACAAGCUAUUUUUCAUUUUCUUUUGAAAUAAUAAGCCUUUACUUUAUUUAAAAAGCAUACCGUGACACCAGCGCCUUACUUUCGCGACUCUCGGUUAACAUGAUGAAGUCGAGUUGUAAGAGCACACUUAUCCGUCCACAAUUCGCCAGUGCGGAUAGUCUGCACGAAAACCAAACGGACCAAGAACAGUGGAUUGGCCAAACUAGGAAUCCAGAUACAAUGACUAGUAAUAAAGUCAAUGUGCAGAUGAUUGUAACCGAUCAAGCAGGAGUUGAUGUCGAUAAAUUGCAAUAUAGGAGACCAGCUUAUGUAGCCGUUGGAUUUGUUCUAGCUUUAACUGCUUUCGUAGUUUUAUUUCCAGCAUUAGUUAACUCAAGAAUGCUUGGAAUGAAAUUUAAUGUGUUCACUAAGCGUAUCGGUCCAAGAUGUGAUGACUCAUACUGCAAGGUUGAAUUAGUGGAAAGCAUUCCGGAAAACGUGACUUUUAAUGAAACCGUAGCACAUUUGUCAACAUUCAACGCUUGGAAAACACUGAUCACAAAAGCAAAUAAAACUAUAAAAAUUGCAUCUUGCUAUUGGAGCCUAACUAGCAACGAUACGGGGCACUUUCACUUUUCUUCAGCUUGGCAAGGAGAAGAAAUAUUAAAAUUAUUAAAAAGAAGUUUGAGCGCAAGAAAGAUCAACGUCGAAAUUGUCACAGACGCGCAAAGUUAUAAUAAAAGUAGAAGAAAUUUAGAAGAGCUGGCGAAACUCGGUGCGAAAGUGAGACGUUUAGAUAUGAAAAAGCUUCUAAAUAGUAGUGGUAUCUUACACACAAAAAUGUGGAUUAUUGAUGAUAAGCACGCAUACGUGGGGUCGGCCAAUAUGGAUUGGAGGUCGUUGACAGAAGUAAAAGAAUUAGGGGUGCUAAUUACAAAUUGUUCGUGUAUGAUCAAAGAUUUAGUGAAGAAUUUUAUCGUUUAUUGGAAAUUGGCCGUUAAGGAUGCUGUUAUACCAGUUACUUGGCCAACUUCCUUGUCAACCUUGUAUGACAUAGAGUCCCCUAUGGUUGUGUCUUUAAGGGGUAUGAAGGAUAUUGCCAGACUGUUUUUUACAAAUUCCCCACAGUCUCUCUGUCCACGUGGUCGGACGAAUGAUAUCUACGCAAUUGUAUCCGUAAUCAAUAGAGCUCGAAAAUUUGUCUAUAUAUCCGUUAUGGAUUAUCAUCCCCUUAUUGAAUACCGUAAACCUGAAUUAUUUUGGCCAGUUAUCGACAAUGCACUUAGAAAGGUAGCUUUAGAGAAUUUCGUUGAAAUUCGAUUACUAAUAUCCAGAUGGAGGCAUACGAGAAAGGAUAUGUACCAUUUUCUCAAGUCUCUUAAAGCCCUCAAUGGAAUUGAAAAUGGUGCUGAUAAAGUGAAAUUUGAAGUAAAACUGUUUGAAGUUCCGGUAAGCAAAGCUCAAGAAAAGAUUCCCUACGCCAGAGUUAACCAUAACAAGUAUAUGAUCACUGAUAAUGCAGCUUUUAUAGGAACCUCAAAUUGGUCUGGAGAUUACUUCACUAAUACAGCAGGUACUUCGCUUAUAGUCAAUCAAACAAGAGCCGAUGGUACAAUAGAUGUCACUACAGUACAGAAACAGCUACUCGAUAUCUUUACUCGAGAUUGGAAUUCGCGUUAUGCCGUGUGGCUUUGAUAAUACGAGCAUAACAAUGCUAUUUAUCUUUUGUUACUGAAUUUUUAUCUGAUUUAUCAUAAAUAAGAAAUAUAAAUAAAUAAAUAGGAUAAACC